CGCCGCCUAUGAUUUUUGUAUUGUACUUUUUAUGUUGUUUUUAUUUUGCAAAACUUGAUUUUAUUCCAUCGGGACGAGACAUUUAUAGACAGGAAUCGGUUGCAAUAAGUAAAAUAUUAGUAUGAAAAAUAGUUUAAAAAUGGUGCAACCGUUACAAAUAAUGGAUAGUGGGCUCGACUUAGACAGUGCUAAACAAUAUAAUGAACCUAUUUGGAAAAUUUGGAAACACAAGAGAUACAUUAUAUCAAUUUUAGCGUUUUUUGGUUUCAUGAACGUAUACGCUUUAAGAACAAAUCUCAAUAUUGCCAUUGUUGAUAUAACAGCCUAUAAAAAUAUCACGUUAGAAGAUGGCACAACAAUUCUGAAAAGAGAAUUUGAAUGGGACUCCACCAUAAGAGGUUACGUAUUGAGUUCUUUUUACUAUGGAUACGUUUUAACCCAAAUUUUGGGGGGUUAUUUAGCUGUACAAUUGGGAGGUGCUAAAGUAUUUGGAUUUGGAAUAGCCGCUACUUCUUUUUUUACACUGAUUACACCUUGGAUUGCAAAAACCAAUGUGUAUUUACUUAUUGGUGUGAGAACCAUUGAAGGAGCAUUUGAAGGUGUGACCUAUCCAGCUAUUAACGAAGUUUGGUCUCACUGGGCACCACCAACAGAAAAAAGUCGCCUGGUCAGCAUUGGUAUAUCAGGAGGCUAUUUUGGAGCAGUUUUCGCUAUGCCUAUAUGUUCUGUAAUUGCUACUACAUAUGAUUGGGAAAGCAUUUUUUACGUUUUCGGUACACUUGGUUUAAUUUGGUACUUGAUAUGGAUCAUUGUUGUUCGAGAUAAUCCUUCAAAUGAUUCCCGAAUAGACCAAAAAGAACGAGUUUAUAUUAACGAAUCUAUAAAAGCUGUCAAAAGUGAUUCGAAGGCUAUAGUACCUUGGCUUAAGAUACUAACUUCACCUGGUGUGAUAGCUAACACGAUUUGUUUAAGUUGUGAGGGAUGGGGGUUUACUACUAUGUUGACGUAUCUGCCACAGAUGAUGAAAUCACUUCUUGGUUUCGACUUAACCAAAGCAAGUAUUCUAGCAGGUCUGCCAUAUCUUGUUACUUCAAUAAACGUUCAAUUGGGUGGUCAAAUAGCAGAUUUUCUAUUUAGAAGAAAAUACAUGACUACCACUAAUGUUAGAAGAAGUUUAAUUAUAACUGGAUUUUUGAGUCAAGCAAUUUUUAUUUUAAUAGCAAGUUAUUGGAUUUCUCCGUUAGGAACGCCUCUUUGUUUAAUAAUGGGCGUGGGAAUGGGAGGAAUAGCUUUAAGUGCUAUGUCGAUAAACCCCUUAGAUCUAGCACCCAAAUUUGCAAGUGUGAUAUUUGGUAUUAAUAAUACUAUGGCAGCUAUACCAGGCAUUGUAUCGCCUAUAAUAACAGGAUAUUUAGUCACAGAUCCAACUAGCAUUACUCAGUGGAGGAUAGUGUUCUACAUAUCAUCAGGAUUUUACUUUUUAGGAGUGAUUGUAAGUUUUUUCUUCACAACAGGAACGAGACAACCUUGGGCAGAAAUUGACAAAAACGUGAUAGAGGAUUUAAAUAGUGCUAAUUGCCGUGUAGAAAAUAAAAACUCUCAACAGGAAGAUAACAAUUUGUGAUAUUUUUUUAUUUUGUUUGUAUAUAUAAUAUUGUGUUAUUUUUAUUACCAA